AUGGACGUGGACAAGCUAUUCAAGCUUCCGGCGCUACCAGCGGGGGCAGCUCAGAAACGAAAGUUCACCGACAACCCUACUCCAGAAAUGCUGGAAAGAUAUAAAGUACCCCGUGUGGAAACGAGAGAUCUCAAGUCCCAAUCAAUACCUGUCAAGAAUGGGAAGGGUAAAGGACAUGCAACGACUGUUGAGGAUGAAGAGGAUGAUAGAUUAGCUGAGAACGAAGCCGAUAGACCAGAUGAGGUAGAUCCGGAUGAAGAAGGACGUUUCUUUGGUGGUGGACUGAACACUGAGCAGGAACAAAUAAUGGACAUCUUCGAUGCUGCAGGGGAUGAAACAGAGGAUACAACCCUCACAUUACCUGCUCUGAGACGACAGAUAGGAAGAUUUGAGAGGGUGGUAGCUAAGAACGCUGAGCAGAGGGGAAAAUACCCAGAUGAUCCUUCCAAAAGGUUCAUCGAAUCAGAAGCAGAUCUAGAUACAUCUAUCAAACAAUUUCUCACAUUGACACAAAAUCCUAUCCUUUUCUACCCCGAGUUGGUCAGAUCUGGAACUGUCGCCCUCCUCACCAAUCUACUCAGUCACGAGAACACUGAUAUCGCCAUAGACACUGUGGACGUCAUCCGAGAGUUGAUCGAUGAUGAUGUCUUGGAUAACCUGGAAGACGGUGAUCAAGAGGAGGACGGUUUGGCGGCAAAAGCAAGGAUGGCAAUGGGCGAGUUAAUAGAUGACUUGCUCAAUAAUUCUCUAUUGGACUUGUUAGUCGCAAAUCUUGGACGAUUGAACGAAGAGGAAGAAACGGACCGGGAUGGUGUUUUCGGUAUACUCAACGUCUUUGAGAAUUUAUUAUCAUUCAUGCCGCCUCUGGCGGAACAAAUCGUCAAUACUACGACACUAUUACCUUGGAUCAUACAACGACUUGGAAAGAAAGAUUUCGAUAGUAACAAACAAUAUACUAGUGAGAUAUUAUCGAUGGUUUUGCAAGAUAGUAGAGAUACCAAACUACGUGUGGGAGAGUUAAAUGGGUUGGAAACGCUUCUACAGGCUGUGGCGCAAUAUCGGAAAAAGGAUCCUGAUACGGGUGAAGAAGUAGAAUUUAUGGAGAAUUGCUUCGACGCACUGUGUUCUUUACUUGGAGAACCGGAAUUGAAGGGGCAGUUUUUAGAAGCGGAGGGAGUGGAGUUGAUGAUUAUCCUCAUGAAAGCAAAGCUCCUCGCUCGUACACGUGCCAUCAAAGUCCUAGCCUACGCUCUACAGACAGAAGAUGGGUCUCCGGCUUGUGAACGUUUUGUCGAUAUGCUCGGUCUCAAAACCUUGUUCUCAGCAUUCAUGUCUCGACCCGAUCAAAAAAGACGGCUUAACGCCUCUUCAGUCACGGAAGACGAAGAGCACAUUUUAUCAAUCUUCGUAUCCCUCUUCACACAUCUCGCCUCUGACUCCCCACAACGUAUCCGAUUGAUUGCUAAAUUCGUGGAGAACAACUAUGAAAAGGUGGAACGAUUAUUGGAAAUGCGUGAAGCUGCGGAGGGCAGGUUACGAGUGGUGAACAGGGAGAUCGAAAGGGAGAAAAAAGUCAUGAUCGCCAAUGGAGAAGAAGUGGGGGAGGAAGAAGAAGCGGAAUGGUAUUUGAGACGGAUGGACGAAGGUCUGAGUGCUUUACAAAAUAUUGAUUAUAUAUUGGCCUGGGUGUGUAUGGAGGAUGACGGCGCAAUGACACAUGCUAGAACGCUAUUAUCAAGGAGAGAUCAAUCUUUAGGUGAUGUGGUGAUUGUGCUCCAGGACUUUAAGGAUAACAUAGGGGAUCCGACGGAGGAGGAAGAGGAAGGACAGGCUUCGUUACAAAAGAUGGUACUGGAACAGCUGAUAGCUUUUCUGUCAGAGGUGGAAUGA